AAAGAACUCAUGGCUAAAAGUCUAGAGAAACUAACGUGGAUGGAAGACACCGUUCUAUGUGAUAAAUGUUACAUGGAUCUAGUUGAAAAUCCCUUGAGAAGAGGUAGUAAGCGAGCAAAAGGUAUAGAUGAUCAAGGUGAAAAGGCAG